GCCGCCCCAGAUCCGCCUCCACUGCCCGCACCACCUCCUCCAUCGCCGAGCACGAGCCCUGUCCCUCUUCCACCUCCACCGCCGGUCACAACCCCUCCCUCACUGCUGGCCAAGACCCCCUUCCGCCCCCAUGCUCCACCAAACCCUAGAACACGACCCGGCCGCCGCUGGUCACCUCCGCCACUGCCCGUCCUCUUCCUCUUCCGCCUCCACCACCGGUCACAACCUCACAUCCACUACCGGCCACAGACUCCCUCCCCUCCUCCUCCCCUCCACCAAACCCGAGAAACAAGCCGUCGCCGCCUCCAUACUGCGCCGCUUCAAGUGCCUCGCCGCCACCACACUUUGCUGCUUCAAGGGCCUCUCCAACACCUCGCUGGACAUCUGCAUGACACACUGAUGGGGAAGAAGAUUGCAGCGAAGAAAUCCCGAGGACGCAAGACAGCAGAACCACCACCUGUACAUCCUAUGGAUGAGUUGCGCCUCAAAAGAAUCAUAAGGAACAAUUCAAGAAUGCAAGCACUCGGAAUUCCUGCAUUAUCAACAUUGUUUGUAGCCAAAACUGUCAUUUCACCUGAAAAAAGGCCCAGGAAUAGUACCGAUGAAUCUGAAGCUGAGUACCAUCCUAAUGAGGACGAUACCAGUGAAGGAGAGUCGUCCGAUGAUAGUUUAGUACAUGAGACAGAAGCAUUGCAAGAAUUUAAGUCCACACCUGCUGCUAGCUCAAACUCCAAGGGCUUGAAGGACUGUAAAAAACCCAGCCAGGAAUCUAGUAAGAAAAGAUCUGCUGCCAUGCCCCCUGGUGGAGUCAAACCUCGGCCUCCUAAGAGAGUUCUCGCGGACAUCCCAACUAAUAUGCGAGUUACAAGGUCGAGGAAAGUAUAAUCACAAAAUGCUGAUGCAAGUGCUCAAAGUGAAGAGAUGUAUGAUCCUAAACAGCAGACACCAAGUGUCAUUCAUAAGCCAAUUUCUUCUGUGGCUUGUGCCAGCCAAGCUGAAUAAUUUGUUCCCAACUCUGAUGACCAUUUUGUUGAAAAUGGUGACCUUGCACACUGUGAUGACGGCAACUGGAUGGCCAAUGGAGCUGAUCUCAUUGCCCAUUGUGAUGAUGACAACCAGAGGGACACCGAAGCUGGUGGUAGUACCCAACCUCAUCAGCAAUCUCAACCUGACAGUAACUUUG